UCUCCAAAAGGCCAGGGCUGCACUGCAUUGUUGUUGGUCGUAUGUUCGUGGCAAUAAAUAAUUAGAAUUUAUUUAUUUUAAGACAAACAAUAUGCAUGAGCCGGCCAAGAAGUCCGUCCACCUGGGCACCGGAGCCAGCAGCACCGCGGAGAAACUUUGUUUCGACAAAAAUGAGUUCAUGAAGGAAAAUUUCUCGGUGGACGAAUUCCUGCACAAGAAUCGCAAUGCUCCCAGCUUGGAACAGCUGCGGGACAACCUGGGGCUGUAUUUAAAGGGACUGCGAUCUGCCAUGAUUGAUCUAAUUAAUGAGGAUUACGCGGAUUUUGUGAAUCUGAGUGCGAAUUUGGUGGGACUUGACCAAUCCAUCGAGACGAUUCAGCGGCCCCUGGAGCAGUUUCGCAGCGACAUCGAGAGCAUUCACAGUCUGAUUGAAGACAAUGUGACGGAGCUCAGGGCGCAACUCGAGGAAAAGCGGAAGCUGCGCGAAGCCAAACGAAGUCUGCAGAGCCUGAAGAAGGUCUAUGAGACAACCGGCAAGCUGCAGGAUCUAAUUGCCCGGAAACUGGAUGGCGAUCAGCCCGCACAGGCUGUCGACCUGGAACGCGCUGCCCUCGAUCUCAUACAGUUGAAGUUUCACGAGAAACAUUGCGCCAACCACCUCAGUGCCGAGCAGCAGACGAAAAUCCAGCAACUGGAGACGCAACUCCAUCAGCAUUUGCGUCGAUUCUUCAACGAUGCACUUGGACAGGCACGAAACUCGGCCCCAGAGCAUCUGGAGCGUUGCCUGCGCAUCUAUAUAACUCUCAAUGCCUGUGCGCAGGCAGAGUGUGCCUUUCGCGAGGAUGUUGUGGCGCCCUACAUGAACGGAAUCAUCGGCGAGCAGCAGCUGCAGAACUCGCCUCAGGGCCUGGCUGGCAUCUACAGCAAGAUACUUAACUUUAUAUCGUUGCACAUGACCGACCUGCUGCGGCUCACCCUCUACUCGGACAAGCUGGCGGGCUUCAAUUUUGUGGUCAACAGCUAUUGGUCGGACGUGGAGCAGCGACUGGAGAUGCACAUGAACUCCAUAUUCGCCCCGGGCAAUUCGGAAGUGUUUUACAUCAAAUACAAAUGCACACGGGAUUUUCUGGGCAAAAUAGAGGAGCUGCUGACCAGUAGCGGCGAGCAGGCGGUGGCCAGCUACCGCCAACACAAGCAAACGAAGAGCUUUGAGGCGCGUUGGAAUCUGCCAGUGUACUUCCAAAUAUGCUUUCAGGAAAUUGCCGGGCAAUUCGAAGCCAAAUUGGAACCCGUUUUGCAGGAUUCCACUCUGAACAGCAAUUCGAAUGGAAAUGCCUACCAAUUGUCGACAUUCAAUGCCGCCAAAGAAGCAGUGACCCGUUGCUGGGCCGAAGGUGUCUACCUGCCCGAAGUGUUUCCCAAAUUCUACAAACUAAACGUACAGAUUGUAUUGCGGCUCUCCCGCUGGAUUACUGAUGCCAUCGCCGUCUCGAAGAGCAGCAGCUUUGCCAAGUCCUACACUCGCCAUCAAUUGCUGAUUGCCCUGCACGCGGACAUACGCAAAUUGGAUGCAUAUUUGCCCGAACUGCAGCAGCUUAUUGUCCAGUCCGUGCCCCAGCAGCAGCGAACAAAGUUGUUCAACGAUGUGCUGGGCCAAUCUAUAGCCUCCUUGGCCGAUACACUGGGUGCCCAUCUAUCCAACAUACAGAAGACCUUGGUGGAGUUGCUGAUCGGCGAAUGCGAGACGGAGAAUGUGCGUCAGGUGAAUGAUUUGCCUCGUUUGUAUCGCAAGACCAAUCGAGAGGUGCCUUCGCGCUGCUCAGGCUAUGUGGAGCAGAUGUUGCGCCCCCUGAAGGCGUUUGCCAGUCAACACGAAUCCCAGUUGGGGGCUCUAGUUGUGGAGCAGAUCCUCUCAGAGGUAGCCAGUCACAUCACCAAGGCCUACUUUAAUGUGGUCAAGGAUGUCCUCACAUCGGUGCAGAAAACUGAAGAAUCUCUGCGACGUUUGCGGAAUGUCAAGAGCGGUGGUUCUGCAACGCAGACGCCUGCUGGCAAUACCGCUAGCAUGUCGGAUGAUGAUAAGAUACGCCUGCAGCUGCGUGUGGAUGUCACCACCUGGAGUCAGGAGCUCUCCAAACUGAAUUUCCAGGCCACGCAGAUUGAUCAACUGCUGCAGCUCACAAAUAUGGUGGAGGAUAGCAUAAAGCUAAAGGAGGGGACGACGGCCUAGAGGCCUAGAGGCUGCCCACAAAACGUACAUAUACUUCACUUUAUUCUUGUUAACGAUUUCUAAUGGUUCUUUAGGCACAAUUA